AUGGCGACGUUCCAGAUUCUCUCAGACCUCCAUCUUGAGAAUCCACGCGCAUACGACGUAUUCGAUAUCCCACCGAAAGCCCCAUAUUUGGCACUUUUGGGAGAUAUUGGCAGCGUCAAAGAUGACGGUCUCUUCGCAUUUCUGGAAACCCAGCUCCAAAAAUUCCAGUUGGUAUUCUUCCUUCUUGGAAACCAUGAGCCCUACGAUUCCGACUGGACAGCCCUGAAGAUUCGGGUCAGGGAGUUUUCCGAGAACAUCAGGUGUCGACGCGCCCACGAGCGGGGACUGGGAACAUUUGUCUUCCUCGACCAAACACGAUAUGAUGUUUCCGACAAUAUCACAGUGCUGGGCUGCACACUCUAUUCUCAAUUUUCCCCGUCUCAAACAGAGACUGUCAGUUUCGGCGUCAACGACUUUUACUACAUCAAAGAUUGGACGGUUGAGGCGCACUGUGCGGCCCAUGAAGCAGACCGGAGUUGGCUGAAUGAUCAAGUAUCGCAGAUAACAAUCUCAAACCCUCACCAAAAGAUCAUCAUAUUCACUCAUCAUUCGCCAACACUUGUUCCCAAAGCAACUGAUCCAGCCCAUGUCAACAGUCCCAUCUCUUCGGGGUUCUCGACGGAUCUCAGUGGUGACGCUUGUUGGGAGAAACCACAGGUGCGACUAUGGGCAUUUGGGCAUACGCAUUACAACUGCGAUUACACUGAACAACGCACUGGGAAAAGAGUGAUGGCGAACCAGAGGGGUUACUAUUUUGCCCAGGCCAAGGCGUUUGACCCCGAAAAGGUAGUUGUGUUGUAG